AUGCCCAACAAAGCCGGCGUCUGGGAGAACGCAGACUUCUUGAUGGAUCUGUCGCUCGCGCUCUUCCAAGUCGCCAGCAACGCCGGCGCCCUGGGCGCCUCGGCCAGAGGCGGCAUCGAGACGUACCUCAAAGCUCGAGGUCACGACCAGUCAUGGGAGUCUGUCCGAAAUCAGAAGCCUCUUUGCUGUGCCCUCGCGCCUCGCCGUAUCCCACUGUUUGAUCCCCCGCUUCACACGUCCUGGACAGCAGACCCCAUCGAUAUGCCUCGUUCUCAGAUGAAAUGGGACGCCGCUGCUCAUGAGGCCAUGCUCAUUUGCGUCUUCAGGCACUGCGAGCUGACUACCGGUAAAAUGGGCAAAGUCCUCGAAGAGAUGAAGCAGAAGGGCUAUGAGUUUACAGAGAAUGCCUUCCGGUAUGACGUCCCUGCCAACGGCAUUGUCUGGCUCUCCACGUUACUUUCGCUAUUCCUACCGCGAGGUUUUCCUUCCGUCCACCACAACCUACCAUUCCCAUCCGUCAUGUCUGGCAAGCGUGUCUGGAACGCAGCCUCUCACGAGACUCUGCUCUUCGCUAUGAUUGAAGAGUUCAGGCCAAAUAAGGAAAAGAUUACUGCCAUUGUUCAGCGCAUGAACGACAUGGGUCAUGCUUUUACCUUUCACGGAGUCAAUCAGCAUAUUCAGAAGCUCCGCAAGGCCCGCGACACCUCCGCCCUCGACGGCUCGGGCGACAACUCCAAGCCCUCGACUCCACGCAAGGCCACCCCGCGCAAGACGCCGGUAUCCGGCCACAAGCGCAAGGCUGAGGUAGACAGCGACACCGACGAGCUUGCCUCCCCCGUCAAGGAUGAGGCCGCAGCCGCCGCCAAAGCUACCCCGUCCAAGCGCAUCAAGGACGAGCCUUCCUUUGACAAUGGUGAUUGGAAGAACACGGCCUUCCAGAAUGUCGACUUCUGA